ACUCAUACUCCCAUCAAAGUUUCUUUUCUUUUCUGCCAACCAAAUGGACUGGACUAGAGGCCACGUCAUUGGCCACGGCUCCUCCGCCACCGUUUUUCUCGCUACCGAUUCUCCCUCCGGCGAUGUCUUCGCCGUCAAAACUGCCCAGCUUUCGCAGUCGCAGUCUCUUCGCAAGGAGCAACAGUUUCUUUCUUCUUUAGCCUCUCCUUACAUAGUUUCUUAUAGAGGCUUUGAAGUCCGUAGAGAACAGAGUGGGGUCAUGAUGUUCAAUCUUUUCAUGGAGUACUUACCCAACGGCUCACUCGCCGACACAAUUCGCCGCCGUGGAGGACAACGGCUCGACGAGGCAACGAUUGCAAUCUACACAAGGCAGUUACUAAUGGGUCUACAAUACAUUCAUUCCAAAGGCAUAGUACAUUGCGACAUUAAAGCCCGAAACAUUUUGAUUGGUCUAGACGGCGAGGCUAAAUUGGCUGAUUUCGGUUGCGCCAAGUGGGCAACAAGCCAAACGGAUCCAAUCGGCGGCACGCCCUUGUUCAUGGCGCCGGAAGUAGCUCGUGGUGAACACCAAGGUUUCCCCUCCGACAUUUGGUCAAUUGGGUGUACAAUUAUCGAAAUGGGCACCGGUGGCGGCUCGCCUUGGCCAAAAACAACCGACGACACCGACCCGAUUUCUGCUCUGUAUCGGAUUGGGUAUUCCGGGGAGUCGCCGGAAAUUCCAUGUUAUUUAUCUGAAGAAGCAAAGGAUUUCUUGGAGAAGUGUUUGAAAAGGAAUCCAAGUGAGAGAUGGACGGCCAAUGAGUUAAUGAAUCAUCCAUUUUUAAAGGAAUUGAAUUGUAGAAGGCCAUGUAAAACGGAGGAAGUUCAUUCAGAAUCGCCGACGAGUAUUCUAGAACAGGGGAUAUGGAGAUCGAUUGAAGAAAGUGAAAUUAGGGGAAGGGAAUUGGUAAGAUCCGAUGGUUGGGAGGCAGCGGAAGCAGAGGAGCAGAUCCGACGGCUGUGGAUGAUUUCAGGGGAGCCCAGAUGGGAAGAGGAUGAGAAUUGGAUUACAAUUAGAAGGAAAGAAGAAGGAGAGAAGAAUGGUGGGGCAGAUGAGCCAGAAGUGAAAAAAUGUAGUAAUUAUUCUAAAAAUAAUAAUAAUAAUAGUAAUUGGGGUGAGAAAAAGAGAGGUAGUGGAGGGGAAGAGUGGUUGGAAAUGGAAUUAGGGAAUAUUAGUUGUGGAAUUAGUAGGAAUGAUUUGGGAGACUAUAGUUGUAGGAAUAUUAUUAGUCUUGUAAAUAAUAAUAAUCCUUUAUCUUUUCAUACACUUACACCUAUAUUUCUUCCUUUAAUGCCAACUAUAUUAUGAGAUUCAAUUC